GUCCACCUUUUCAGGCAACAGCUGUUCGAACGUAUCAAAUCGGAACUGCUCCUUGGAUUUUCCUAUUUUCGUGGGCAACUCCUGCUUUGGAGUCGGUUGGCGGUUGCGUAAUAAGGCGCCUCUACCUGGUUUCUGCUUGGCACUCGCAGCUGCGGAAUGGCGUUGGCGUUGCGCGUGGCCCGGUUCGCCUCGAUUACGGCCAACUGCUGGCCCCGGGAUCGCCGGCCACUUUGGCACCUGUGCGGCAGGCAGAGCGAUAGGAACAGGAACUACGCCACGAAGCCCGAGGCCGCGGCCGCGACACCGGCGCAAAUCAAGCGAAAUGUGGCCGCCGAGAUAACCAGCGUGGGCAAGGUCAUCUACGAGACGGGCUGGGAUGCCAACAAGCCAAAGGUACAGCCCAGCAGCAGCACCUCCUCCUCCUCAUCCUCCUCCGCCCCCCAGCCGCCCAAGAAGCCAAGAAGCGAGGACGAGAAGCGCAAGGAGCUGGACACCGUAAAAUCGAAGAGGGAUCAGAUGCGGGACAACAUGCAGGACUACAUAUUCACCCGGUACUUCAACUACGUGAAGAACUACGACAAGGUGCUGGAGAAGAACUUCCCCAAGGCCAUGCAGCUGUACCGGGUGUUCUUCGAUGGCGUCAAGGAUUUCUUUGGCGACAUGAAGCGCUUCCUGAAGAUUGCCCGCAUAGCCAAUGAUUCGCCGCAGGGCAUCAGAGCCCUGAAUCGCCAGGAGCUGGAGCUGUACAUGCAGAUGCCGCGGGACAUGAUGAAGGUGGCCCCGGCGCUAAUUGGCUGCUCCCUGCCCAUGGUGGGCUAUGCAUUCUUUCCCCUGGUCUUCUGGUACCCCCGCUCCUUUCUCACUGCCCACUUUUGGACCUCGCAGCAGCGCUCCGAGUUCCAGAGCUACUACAUGAAGCGGCGGCUGGGCAACAACAAGGACGUCUUCCGCUGCCUGCAGGCCAAGCUCAAAGCGACGGCCUCGCAUCCCAAGCACGCGGCCUUUGCCGAAAUCCUGGGACAGCUGGGCAGCGGCACCCACCCCACGCCAGAGAUGCUAAUCGAUGUGAAGGAUAUAUUCGCCGAUGGACCCUACUCCCUGCUGGGAAUGUCGCGAAAGCAUGUUAGAAACCUAGUCAACCUGCAUGGCCUGCCGAGCAGCAUCUUCAAGCGACACCGCCUGCACGAGCACGCCUUUCUGGUCCACUACAUGGACCAGGCCAUAACGCGCGAGGGAGGCGUUCACAAUUUGACCCCCGAGGCCCUGCGCUACUCCUGCUAUCUGCGCGGACUGAAUCCCGACAGCCUGAGCAGCGAGGCGAUGAUCGAGUGGCUGCGCAAGUGGGUCAAGGUGUCCACGUCGAUACAGGGCGAACAUAUCACGCUGUUCCUGCACUUGCCCAUCCUGCUGGGCUACAACCAUCCCAACAACUGGCAGACCAUCUACGGCAAGUGCCCCCCCACUUGAGCGGGAGAAUAUUCGGUAGACUGCGCUUUAAAGAUUGGACUGUUUUGAUUUUGAGAUCACUUUGUUUCUUGAGAGCAAAUAAAACUGUUACACCCAAAAAGAAAAAA